AUGCGUGGCCUACUUCUACCCCAGUUAGAAACCGUCGUCUCCCGCAUUGCCCAAUGUCUAGAUCUAUUGCAAAUUGACUACGCGCUCAUGGGAGGUGCCGCGGUAUGUUUCAUGGCACCACAUCCCAGCCGGCGGAUAACUGCAGAUCUUCUUACACAGCGAUUGCUGAACGCUUUCCCUGCUGAUUUUGGACCGGUCAACCAAUUCGGACAUGUGAUCCCGGCAUUCAGACUACGUUCCCCAAGCGGCACCAUUCAGCUUAUCGAGUUGGAGGUUUUCGAUCACGCUAGCUGGCCACAAAGGCCGCAGUAUAAUAUUCAGACGGCGACACGUGUGACCAGGACUAUCAACGGAUAUCCCGUGAAGAUCUUCGGAGCUGAAUGGCUUACGCGAGAGAAGAUCUUAUCCCAGUACCAGCGACAGGGUCCAAAGCAUUUGACCGAUAUCGAAGACAUUGCGCGGUUGGUUAGAUAUUGUGUACCCAACAGACCAGAACUCAAUUUUGACCAAGACGCGCAAUUGCAACUUGCCUUAGCAAGCCUUCUGAGGGAACGCCCCCGUCUCCACAGCAGCCUUCGCCGAAGCAUCAAAUGCAAUUCAGUCUUCAGUAAUUGGUAA